GCUAGGCUGCGGCGGCAUGGCCCGCGCGCCCGGCGCGACCUCUGCGGAUUGCAUCGGUGUGCGGCGGCGGGGCAUGCCCAGGGCACCGGGCACGGCCUUCAAUGGGCGAGGACACGGACACGCGGAAAAUUAACCACAGCUUCCUGCGGGACCACAGCUAUGUGACUGAAGCCGAUAUCAUCUCUACUGUUGAGUUCAACCAUACCGGAGAGCUGCUGGCCACAGGUGACAAAGGUGGCCGGGUUGUCAUCUUCCAGCGGGAACCGGAGAGUAAAAAUGCGCCUCACAGCCAAGGCGAGUAUGACGUCUACAGCACCUUCCAGAGCCAUGAGCCUGAGUUCGAUUAUCUCAAGAGUCUGGAGAUAGAGGAGAAAAUCAACAAGAUCAAGUGGCUUCCGCAACACAAUGCCGCCCACUCCCUGCUGUCCACCAACGAUAAAACUAUCAAACUAUGGAAGAUCACGGAACGAGAUAAAAGGCCCGAGGGAUAUAACCUGAAAGAUGAAGAAGGGAAGCUUAAGGACUUGUCCACGGUGACGUCACUGCAGGUGCCUGUGCUGAAGCCCAUGGAUCUGAUGGUGGAGGUGAGCCCACGGAGGGUCUUCGCCAACGGCCACACCUACCACAUCAACUCCAUCUCCGUCAACAGCGACUGCGAGACUUACAUGUCGGCGGACGACCUGCGCAUCAACCUCUGGCACCUGGCUGUCACCGACAGGAGCUUCAACAUCGUGGACAUCAAGCCAGCCAAUAUGGAGGACCUCACGGAAGUGAUCACGGCGUCUGAGUUUCACCCCCACCACUGCAACCUCUUUGUCUAUAGCAGCAGCAAGGGCUCCCUGCGUCUCUGCGAUAUGCGCGCAGCUGCUCUGUGUGACAAGCACUCCAAACUAUUCGAAGAGCCCGAGGACCCCAGUAACCGCUCCUUCUUCUCCGAGAUCAUCUCCUCUGUGUCAGACGUGAAGUUCAGCCACAGUGGCCGGUACAUGCUCACCCGGGAUUAUCUCACGGUCAAAGUCUGGGACCUGAACAUGGAGGCGAGGCCCAUAGAGACCUACCAGGUCCAUGAUUACCUUCGGAGCAAGCUCUGUUCCCUGUAUGAAAACGACUGCAUCUUUGACAAGUUUGAAUGUGCCUGGAACGGGAGUGACAGUGUCAUCAUGACCGGGGCCUACAACAACUUCUUCCGCAUGUUUGACCGGAACACCAAGCGGGACGUGACCCUGGAGGCGUCGAGGGAGAGCAGCAAGCCCCGGGCUGUGCUCAAGCCUCGCCGUGUGUGCGUGGGCGGCAAGCGCAGGCGGGACGACAUCAGUGUGGACAGCCUGGACUUCACCAAGAAGAUCCUGCACACGGCCUGGCACCCGGCCGAGAACAUCAUCGCCAUCGCGGCCACCAACAACCUGUACAUCUUCCAGGACAAGGUGAACUCUGAGAUGCACUAGGUGGGCGCAGAGCCCCGUCCGGGACAUGACCACCGAGCGGCCCAGCCAGGCUGCCUCUGCUGGCCACGCUCUCUGUUUGGAAACAGGAGUCAGGAGGGUUCAUAGCCACCGACCUUGAAAUGGGCGUGAUGGUUGCCUUGGGGUCCUGGCCCUUCAUUCCCAUCCUUAACCGUGUGCUGCCUGCUCUACGAUUAGGACUUGGACUUCUCCAGGCUCACACUUCACUUCUUCCAGCAGCAACUCUGAGGGGAAGCAGGCGCCCUGGGAACACCCCUCCCCCGCAGGGGGCCCCAGAUCAGGGCUCUGGGGACAGAGGACGGACUCAAACAAGCCAGCCAGGGAUUCUUUUGAUUAUCAGUGGAUCAAUUUUCACUGUCUCAGAGCUGAGGGUCUUUCCUUGGCUUUUUGAAUCAUGAAUUCAUGCUGAGAAUUGGCAGGUGCAAGCUGCUCUUUUAGGUUGUUUUAAGUCUUUCAAUACCCCAGGUCCGGCAUUUCCGAAGAGGAGAGGGGGGCAGUGAAACCCCCCCGUGCGUGUGCCUGUCCUCCUCACCAUGUCCCCAACCUUUGCUGAGCGUGGGCCAGGGGCCAGACAUGGUGCUCGGCCCAUUAGGUGCGUGCGUGGAUUCAGUCCCCACUCCACGGGGCUCUGCUGUCCCGCAUCAGGGUCACUGGGCACCUCGUGGGAGCUCACGAGGGCUCUGUCUGUGACCCUGGAAGGUGGGUGUCUGUUCACUUACUCCGUUCACUUACACCAGCCCCUCACUGAGUGCUGGGCUUUGCCAGGUGCCAGGGACAAACGGUGAAGAAUUGUCCUUCCCGUUCUGCACACGAGGCAGCGGGCCCCGAGAGCAUGAACAGUUGGUCCAAGGCACGCACC